AUGGCGACCUUGGAUUCAUCGAACUCUUCCACUGAAACUGGCAUUGGAACAAUCCCUAACCCUGAUCCUAAUUCUUCAAAAGAUACAAUUCCAGAUCCUCCUAACUCCAAUUCCCCCGCUGUAUGCCUCAUCAAUUUCGCAGGAGAUUCCGCCCGUGGUGCCUUCAUGGGCUCCAUCUUCGGUUUCGGUUCGGGAUUGAUUAAAAAGAAGGGCUUUAAAGUCUCCUUUGUGGAGGCAGGAUCUUAUGCCAAGACAUUUGUAGUUUUGUCAGGAGUACACAGUUUGGUUGUCUGCUUUUUGAAGAGACUGCGAGGAAAAGAUGAUGGUAAGCCUUGUAAAAAAAACUCUGUAACAACCCCUAUUUUUGUUUUGCACUUGGCACGUUGAUACUCGGUAAUGUUGUCUUUCUCUGCAG